AUGAAGAUCUAUGCAGGAUGGUAUGCCGCUUGCGCCGUGCUCUGCGUUUGCGCGUAUCCGUCGAGGGACCGACUUAACGAGAUGUACAUUAGCAGCACGUUCAAUCCAAAAUCAAUAGCUAAUGGCUAUGGCUUCGAGGAGCAGGUAUCCGCGACUAAAUUGUUUGAGAUCCUCGAAGAUAGUGAAGAGUUUGAGGAGAAAGGGCCGUCGACGAUGAGAGCGAUCGUUACGAGGGCAAAGAGCAACCCGGUCUUGCUACCCUUGAUUAUAGAACCUGAAGCGGAAAUGUUACCGGUUGGUUAUAAGGGCGUGAAGUCGCCUGGGGUCACCCACAUGGAGUUUGCGUUUGCGAAACCGCAAACCAGAUUAAAAGGUCGCAAAAGUGCGACAUUAAGAGCUUCGGUGACGGACGACGGGAACUCCGGUAAAUCCGGCGGAUUUAAUCGAGAUAACGACGCACAUUACGCCGCGUCGAAGCACGAGACGCAAGUCGCAAGAGAUGAUCGCGGUACCGACAGCCUCGUCGUUUUCGAAGUAGGUGCAAAGGGCGACACGAGAAAGGAGAACGAGAAGACGGAGCAUGCCGAAGACGCCGGCACGAGUGAGAGCCAUUCCAAAAACGAGGAUCGUGCGAAGAAUCAUAAAGAAGAAGUCGUGAAAAAGAACGGAGCUACCCACGAGGUCAGAGAUAGUCGUGAGAAGGCUCGUAACACCGCCGGAUAUCGCAACGUUUAUCAUAAAGAUGAGUUCAAAAAGGACGCUGAUUUCUACAGUAACGGGCGUCAGGGUGGACACUUUGAGAAGCACGGUCGAUACGGCGAAAAACACGCCGCUGCUGAAGGCAAAUACGCGAAAGGCAAGACUAAUGGUUCCAGAUUCGAGAAUCCACCAGAUACAAUUUACAAGACACGACUAGCUUUUCCGGUGGACUACGACAGAGUGAUGACUUUCAUGAGCGAUGCGUUCUAUAAGGAUGACCCAACCAUGGUGAACAUUGGUUUGGACGAACAGGAGCCCGCGCCGUCAUUGCUAAAACUUAUGUACAAUGAGCUCCGAGAGGGUAUGACGAUAAUUGCUGAGGGAGAGGACAAUUGUAUUGUAGGUGCCGCGGUGAACGGUGGCUCCUGUCCUUGGGAUCCCGACAAGUUCGUCGAGUUCGCUAGAUGUUGCGAAUGCGGACCGACCCGCGACGUGAUCGAGUUCGAGGCUUACGUGACCAGCAAGCCGAAUCUCUGGGAGCGCUAUUGCGUUCUCAAGAUCUUCGAGUGCAGCUAUCUCGCGGUCAGGCCGGACUUCCGGAACCGGGGUAUUGCUAGAAAGCUCGUGCUAGAUAGCUGGUAUCUUGCGCGCGAUUGUGGCUAUCGAUUGUUCCGUGUUGACUGCAGUAAUAGAUAUAUCGCACAGAUCGCGGAAGGUUUUGGAUGGAAACGAGUAUGCACAAUACCUUUUCAUGAAUAUGUAAAGAAUGGCAAACUCGUUUUUAAGCAUAUUAAGGAGCCACAUACCGAAGUGCAGAUUUACAUUGAUCAAGUUACAUUUUGCAAGGAUUAUUGUCCACCUUACAACAAAUGCAAAAUAACAUCAGCGCCAAAUAAUCUAGCAUGCAGCAAAAGGCUAUUGAUCAUUACUCCAACUCCAUCCUACAGUCAUCAGAUAGUAUUUCGGGCAAUAUGUCUUGCUUUGAAUAAGCGGGGACACGAGAUAGUAACAUUGACUCCUAAUAUUUUAAAUGAUACUAGCGUGACCAACUAUACGGAAAUAGACUUCGGUUUUAUAUAUGAAAAAGUUGAUGACACUGAUAUAAGUCAGACCCGUUGGAAUCUCACACAAUUGGCAGGAUUAAAAACGAGGUUACUAACACUGGGUCAUAAUAUCGCGGAGGAAGUCCUCAGCCAUCCUGAUCUCGUGGAAUAUCAUAAAAAUGGAACCGAUGUGCAAUUUGACGCGGUAAUAGCGGAGAUGAUUAUGACUCCUGCAACCUACAUGCUGGCGCACAGAUUUAAUGCACCUUUAAUAGGUAUCAUGUCUAUGGACUUGCAAAACUGUCAUCGUUUCACUCACGGUAGUCCCGUGCUCCCAUCGCACCCCUCGAAUUGGGAGCUUGAAAGUUUCGCAGGAUUAGAUAAACCAUUUUGGAGGCGAUUGGUGAAUUUCAUAAAUACUUGGUGGAACAUAUAUUCAUGGUUUAAUAAUUUCGCGAACAAACAACAAAAGAUCGCCGAAAAGUAUUUCGGUAAUGAUAUACCGCAUAUCACCGACGUUGAGAAGAAUAUGAGUCUCAUCUUGAUCAAUCAAGAACCUUUGCUUGCAUACGCCAGACCCGAAAUACCUAAUAUCGUUCACUUCAGCGGAUUGCACAUCGCAAAGACGCCACCGUCGUUACCAAAAGAUUUAAAAGAUUUCCUGGACAAUGCGACAAAUGGUUUCGUUUAUAUGAGUCUGGGAUCAAACACGAAAAGCAAAUUAUUGCCGAAGAAAAUACUGGAGGUCUUUGCGAACGCUUUUUCCAAUUUGCCGUAUAAAGUACUGUGGAAAUUCGAGAAUGAUAGCUUUCACGUUCCUCCCAACGUUUUUAUCUCGAAAUGGACCCCACAACAGGGCGUGCUGGCUCAUCCGAACAUCAAGCUCUUCAUUUAUCAAGGCGGACUGCAGAGUACCGAAGAAGCGGUUCAUUAUGCCGUCCCGCUCUUAGGACUACCGUUUGUCUUCGAUCAGGUGUACCAAGUUACGAAAAUGGUUUCUCUGGGAGUUGCAAGAUACCUAGACAUAGUCCAGCUUACGACGUCGGAAUUGCACGACGCUAUACUGGAAGUCGCCGAUGAUAAAGGGAUGUUGGCGCUACGUGCUCUCACAAAGGACAAGCCUUAUGAUAGCUUAGAGAAUGUUAUAUGGUGGAUUGAGUUUGUAAUGCGUCACAAUGGCGCACCUCAUUUACGUUUCAAUGGAGUCGAUACCGCGUGGUAUCAGCAAUUCGAUUUAGAUAUCAUUGUAUUCUUGACGAUAACAUCAUUUUUAGUUUUAUGCGUUAUUUUAUGCAUUGUAGGAUGGGUUUCAAAGCAGUUAUAUACAAUUCAUAUGAACCAUUGCAUAAUACAUAAAAAGAUACAAUCGUAUAGAAAGAAAAAAUUGGCGUAAUGAAAUUGUAUAAAUUUAAAAAACAUUUAAGCCAUUAUUAACUUUUUUUCCCCUAUAUUCGUCUGUAUAUGAGCUUGAGCAUAAUUUGGUUUAGCGAUAGAAUUGUUUUCAAAAUGCCCAAACUAUGCGAAAUGGUCAUGGAAGUGUACCUCUUUUAUCCCUCGAGCAUUUGCAUGUGAAUUUUACAAUGCUCAUUUAUACGAAAAAUAGAGAAACAUGGAAGUCGGGGUAAGUGAGAGAGGGUAAAUUUCGGUAUAGAGAAGAACGUGAAUAUAAAACUUGAUGCGUUGAGUGAAAUGAAUUUUGUAAACGCACAAAAUUACAUCCCGAAGUCUAUUAUGCUCAUUUGCGCGUACUCAUAGAAUUACGAGAUAUAAAAAGUAAGAGAAGACUAAUAAAAGAUUUGAAAAAAGAA